AUGUCUUCCACUACGCUGAUAACAAGAAAUGAUUCAGCAACUUCUUUGCCUCACCCUCUUGAUCAGCUAUCGGCUGCAGAAACCAGUGUUGCACGUGGAGUUAUUUUGGCUGCACGAGGUGACAAUGUCGCAAUUAAAUUCAGAUCCAUAUUCUUAGAAGAACCUCUGAAAAAGGAACUCUCUCAAUUUCUUGAUCUGGAGCAUGCUGGCCAACUCAAUACUAACAUACAAAGACCUCCACGUCUUGCUAAAGUUCAAUAUGAUGUUGUGCACGGGACCAAAGGGCCCGAGUAUAUGGAGUCGGUGGUUGAUAUAGUAACGAAGAAAGAAGUCGACCAACGUGUUGUAGAGAAGGUCCAUCAAUCAGGUUUGACAACGCAUGAGUUCCGAGAGUUCAAUGAAGCAUGUAUCGAGUCACCGCUUUUCAAGAAAGCAGUUGCUGGGUUUGAUUUGCCUGAAGGCUUUGUCGUGUCAAUUGACCCGUGGCCUUACGGGGGCGAUGCAGAGGUCGUCCCUCGAUACACCCAAGGAUUGUGCUUUGCUAGAGACAAUCGCAACCAAAACCUUGACAGCAACCAUUAUUCGUAUCCGUUGCCAAUUAUACCAGUCAUGGAUACUUAUACUAAAAAGAUUGUCCGCAUCGACAAAUUGGCUACUGGUGGAAAAGAGGACGGACUGGCUUAUGGGACUCACAAAAAAAAUGUUCUUGAUCACUGUUCCCCAGGAGAAUAUGUGCCAGAGCUGAUGUCACAACCGAUGCGGACGGACGUCAAACCAUUAAAUGUUGUUCAGCCAGAUGGACCAUCCUUCAAAGUCAGUGGCCAUUUGAUAGAGUGGCAAAAGUGGAGGUUCCGACUUGGAUUCAAUCCACGGGAGGGUGCCACGCUUCAUGAUGUUCGUUAUGAUGGGCGAAGCGUUUUUUACAGAUUAAGUCUCAGUGAGAUGACAGUUCCUUAUGGAGAUCCUAGACCGCCAUUUCAUCGAAAGCAGGCAUUCGAUUUCGGUGAUGCUGGUGCUGGGCGCGCCGCAAAUAACCUGGCAUUGGGUUGUGAUUGCCUUGGUGUAAUCAAAUACUUCGAUACUGUUGCAACUGAGCCAGACGGAACACCAAGCGUAAGCAAGAACGUAGUGUGCUUGCACGAGCAGGAUAAUGGUAUCGGUUGGAAGCAUACGAAUUUCAGAACAGAGCGCGCAGUUGUCACACGUUUGCGAGAGCUUGUUGUCCAAUUUAUCAUAACGUUGGCAAAUUACGAAUAUAUCUUCGCAUACAAAUUUGAUCAAGCUGGCGGUAUUACGGUGGAAACUCGAGCAACUGGUAUUGUCAGUGUUGUGAACAUUGACCCAGGCAAAACGAGUCCCUGGGGCAAUGUAGUAUCUUCUGGCGCUUUAGCUCAGAAUCACCAGCACCUGUUCUGUGUUCGAAUUGAUCCCGCUGUAGAUGGGUACAACAACACCGUUGUCACUGAGCAAUCGUUACCGAUGUCAAUGUCGAAGGAAACGAAUCCAUAUGGAAGCGGAUACGAGGUCAGGCAGACGCCUAUCAAGACUUCGCAGUAUUUUGAUGCAUCUCCUACCACAAACCUGACAGUCAAGAUGACCAAUCCAUCAAAGUUGAACCCCAUCUCUGGCAAGCCCGUCAGCUACAAAUUCAUACCAUCGGCAUCACAAUUGAUGCUAGCUCACCCUGAUAGCAUCAUGGCUAAGCGUGCACAAUUUGCUCAACACCAUGUUUGGGUCACCAAAUAUAAAGAUGGCGAAUACUGGGCUGGCGGAGAGUUCACAAAUCAAUCUAAGAAAGAAAUCGAUGGUGUUGCUGAUGCUGUGGCGAGAAAAGAGAAUGUGGAAAACGACGAUGUUGUUGUAUGGAAUACCUUUGGUUUGACGCAUAACCCAAGAGUGGAAGACUGGCCAGUAAUGCCCGUCGAAAUCCAUCAGAUCCACCUUCGCCCAGCAGACUUUUUUACUUGUAACCCUGCUCUCGAUGUACCAGGUGUGAAAAAUGCCACUUCAGUACUUGCUUCGGAGGAAGAGUCAUGUUGUGCGAAAGGAGACGUUCAACAAGCUGCUAGCUCUCAUAUCCAGGGCAGUGGACCAGACUACAAGCCGAAGAGUAAACUGUGA